AUGUCGGUGCGGAAAGCCCAUAAUUCUGGCCGAAAUCACUUGAGGAAUGUGGUGGAAUACUAUCAGCAAAUUGGCCACGAAAAGGCGCAGUCAGUCAUCGACUCGAUCACUUCCUCGUAUGCUGCUGAGGGUCAAGCCAACCCUAUGUUUCAACAUGGUGCUGUCGGAUUCCCCCCGCCACCUCCCGGGUUUCCAGGGAUGCCGCCCCCUCCCUUUGGUCUUCCAGGCGCUGCUCCGCCAGCUGGAGGAGCCAUUCCACCUCCGGGUGGUCGUGGCAUGCCCUUCCCACCCUUUCCACCCAAUGGUGCUCCGCCUCUACCUCUUCCUAAUGGCCUACCUUUCCCUCCUCCGCCUGGUGGAUUUCCUCCGAACUUUCAAUUUCCUCCUCCAGGCGCUCCCGGUGGUUUCCCACCCCCAGGGCAACAGCAUCAACAAGGCCUACCUGGUGGACCUUCUCCUAUACCCGGUGCCGGCCCAGGUCCGGCCCAAGGCCCUCCGCCUGGGUACAAUCUGAAUGCGUCCUCCGGAGCAAAUGAAGGCCGACGUUGA